CGCCGUUACAAUUGUCUGUGUUUGGUCACUAACGUUGAUUCAGUAUGUAUAUCCUAUUACUGAUGUACUGAUAUCUUGCCUCUUACCGUACCACCGAAUCCCAUACGCUCUUUUACGUUACUGUUCUCUGACUGCCCGCCAGUGUUUACCGUCUACUGUGACGGUGUUCCAAGGGGGUCGCCUACCGUCAUGCGGGCUUUUGUGCUGCUGAGCUGUGUCAUCGCACUGGUUCUCUCCGUCUCGAGUGCCGUUGCAGCAUUGACGAAUGCGCAGCGACUAGCUCGUGGCUUGCCAAUUUCGCCUCCCAAGUUUGGUCGUGCUCGGCCAGGUUAUGCAUGGACGCCAAGAGCAGAUGGAGCGAAAUCCCCGUCGCCUGCUCCCCCCAAGAUGUGAGUCUGCGUGAAAAAUUCACUGAAGUUUUUUUCAAGCCUUUCAGAUACACUGGUCGGAUCCUGGUUAAGAGCUAUGAUGGCGAACAGUUGGGACACUUGUAUAACUGGGCCUCAGGAAUAAAUGGCGUAAACUUUGGUGACUCGAGCGCGGACCUGCAUGUGUCGUUCACCAAACCUCGGUCUGAAAAAGGGCUCAUCGACAUACAGGUCGUACGGUCGGCGUCUAAACUGAUCAAGUCUGGUGACUACUUUCGGCUUCCUGACUCGUCCGAGUACGCCGCAUUUCCUGGAUCUUGUUAUAUAGGGUCAACGAGCAACGAUACUCUCGCCCAUGGCUCCUCAACAGCCGUCGGCUUUGGCAACGUCAUCAGAACACCUGUGCAUUCACCACCCGUCCCUGUGGGCCAGAAUAAUGCGGACGAGUCGGCUAUUUGGACAUUCGAUCCAAAAUCUCUUGAACUGAAGGUUCACUACGUGAAUCUCAACGGCCACAAGGCAAAGACGACCAUCGCUUAUAAUAUCUAUGACAACACUAUAUUCUUUGUCGGUGAUAUCCGCGCCUACAAUGCCGCUCAAGUCAAUCCCGAUUACCACGUCUCACCUAUUACGUUUUACCUUGAUUCCGGCACAGCUGCAUUGAUCCAGAAAUGUUCUCCCUCUUCCCUUUUGACAUUCCCUUCAUUUUCUAUGACACUCUUUAAGCCCAAGUUGCCGGUUCACUAAAUCG